UCUGCUCAGGCUCAGCGCGGCGAUCUUUGCUGCCUCUUCCACUUCCAGUAUGUUCUAUGGCAUCUACCCAAUGCUGCUCCCUAUGUGCGCGCCGCGUCCUCUUGCCGAGUCCUGCUCAGUCUGCUCGGACUCCUCCCCUGCGCCCGAACGAUGCACCGGUACUGUUCGCUCGAUAUAGGCGGAGUGGGGUGGCGCCAAAAAAAAUCCUCCUUUUUUUUUUCUUCUCCACAUCUAGUUAGGAGCAUUCCUAGCUAGAAGAACACCUCUGUUUCGUGAGACUAUGGUCAAGGUGGCGGGUGCUAACAUAACACGUACGGGGGGUGGCAGGCUCCAAAGCUUCUUGCACCGCCUGCCCGCCCGCCCGCCAUGUUCUUUGUGUUCGACUGUCCUGCUCUGCUUCGGUUUCACUUUCAGUUUCGGAAAUAAGUAGCAGACUCCUUUGUCCUUCCGUGCCUCGCUCCUUGAUUCCGACGCGGCAUUGUGCUUGGAUCUUUUGAUGUUGUCGUCGUCGUUGUUGUUGCUGCAUACAGAAAAAUACAGAACAUAGGCAUGCUUCUCUGGUUUGCCAAUACCACACCGAAUUUGUUCGUACCUGCCGUCUCCUCCAAAACCCUUGACCGUUUUUUUUAUCCGAAUCGGAGGACUGCAGCAACGCUGUACUGCGAUAUAGGGCAUGUUUUUUUUCCUGCCUAACUUGCCACAUUUUGCCUAACUUUUCUGUCUAAGUUUAGUUCUUCAAUUUGAACGACUAACCUUAGACAAAGUGUGACGUAAUUAGCCACGAACUAACCUUAGACAAAGUGUAACGUAGUUAGCCACGAACCAAACAGGCCCAUAGUCUCCGCGUGUCCAGCGAUUUGUUUCGCCGUGAUGAUGAUGGGUUGGGCAGUCCUCUGAUUAAAAAAACACACACACACAACUCUCGUCAAGAUGCGGUUCGUCAUUGGGCCAUUGAGCUGAAACCUACUUUGUUUUCGUCACUGCUCUUGUUUAUGACAGGGCUCUUGCAUUGGCGUCCGUUAGUGCUGUGCUUGCGUUUGAACCGGACUACUUCUACUCUAUUUCCUGGCUAGAAAAUAUGUGGUCUCUGACCUUGCAACAGAUGUUGUGGUGCAUGUUGGUGAAGUAAAAUUUUACUUGCACAAGUUUCCCCUCCUUUCCAAGAGCGGCAAGCUUCAAAGAUUAGUUCUGAAGGCCGCUGAGGACGAGACUGAUGAGGUUCGCAUAGAUGACCUUCCUGGGGGAGCAAAAUCAUUCGAAAUAUGUGCCAAGUUCUGCUAUGGAAUGGUGGUCACCCUCAGUCCACACAACGUUGUAGCUGCAAGAUGUGCGUCACAGUAUCUUGAAAUGACCGAAGAUAUGGAAAAGGGGAACUUGAUAUUUAAAAUCGAGGUCUUCAUAAAUUCUAGCAUACUUCGUAGCUGGAAGGACUCUAUCAUUGUUCUCCAGAGCACAAAGGCUCUAUCACCAUGGUCUGAAGAGCUGAAGGUUGUGGGUAGAUGUAUCGAUGCCAUCGCUUCGAAGACGUCUGCGGAUCCUGCCAAUGUAACCUGGUCAUACAGUCAUAGUAGCAAGAAAGGAGGAGCUUGUGCUGAAAUAGUCGAGCCAGCAGGAAAGCCAUCAAUAGCUCCAAAAGAUUGGUGGGUUGAGGACUUGUGUGAACUGGAUGUUGACCUGUACAAGAGAGUCAUGGUUGCUAUCAAAUCCAAGGGGAGAAUGUCACCUGAACUGAUAGGAGAGGCACUUAAAGCCUAUGCAGUUAGAUGGCUGCCAGACUCCUACGAUGCAUUAGUUGCCGAGGAUUACAUGAGGAGGAAUCAAUGUCUGGUUGAGACAAUAAUAUGGUUGCUGCCUUCUGACAAGAGCUCGGGAUGUUCUUGCAGAUUUCUCCUGAAACUGUUGAAAGUGGCCAUACUAGUCGGAGGCGGGGAGCACGUGAAGGAAGAGCUUAUCAGGAGGAUCAGCUUCCAGUUGCACAAAGCUACUGUUAAGGAUCUCUUAUUACCUGCCACUUCGCCUAAUGAUGGUACCUAUGAUGUUCGGCUGGUGCAUAAUCUUGUCCAGAGAUUUGUUGCAAGAACAGCGCUGUCUCAUAAUGGCGGUUUCAUUGAGAAGUCCGACGAAAAGAUGAUUGAGCUCAACUUCGAGCAAGAAUCCAUUUUGUCGGUAGGAGAGCUUGUUGAUGGCUACCUGUCUGAAGUAGCUUCGGAUCAAGACCUUUCGUUGUCUAUGUUUGUUGAACUGGCGACUGCCGUGCCAGAGGUGGCUAGGCCUGUUCAUGACAACCUGUACUAUGCAGUCGAUGCAUAUCUCAAGGAACACCCAGACAUAAACAAGUCCGAGAAGAAGAAGAUUUGCAGUCUGGUGGAUGUCAAGAAGCUCAGCGCAGAUGCAUCCGUGCACGCCACACAAAACGACCGCCUGCCUCUCCGGUUGGUGGUUCAGGUCCUCUUCUUCCAGCAGCUGAGGGCCGGCCCAAGCAAAGAACUCGCCCUGAUUGACAAUGGAGAACACGCUUGCACACGGCCUACGCAGGAUCAAUGUGACCGUGGUGAAAGGCGGAUACCGAAGCAUCCAAACUCACUGAAUAAGCAGGUGACAAGCCUGAGCGCGAGAGAGAGCCAGCAGCACCGGAUCAGCGAGCACAGGGGCGGCAGGAACAGCUUUAAAGACCAGCUUGGGGGCCUCCUGCUGCAGUCGCGAUCCAGGAGGAUCUUUGACAAGCUGUGGAGCAGCAAAGGGCAGGGCGAGCAUGGCGGGAAAGGCUCGGAGACGUCUGGUAGCUCGCAGAGCCCACCGUUGUCAGCAAAGCCUGCAGAAGUGAAGCCCUCCCCUCUUCCCCCUCUUAGGGGCAGGAGGUACUCUGUUUCUUAGUUUUUUUUGGGGGUGGGGGCUCUCCUAGUUUAGGGCUCUGGGAUAGGUUGUUGUACAGAAGGUAUCAUCUGCUGCCAAUCCCUUUUUGUUUUGUACGCAGAUCAAUCUGCUGUUCUAUGUGAUGAUCCAUGCCGUAGCUUUUACUGUAGCGUAAUUUCAACUGGGAGCAAAUAUUUACCA